AUGAUGUUAACAUUUGGUGUAUGGGUUGUGAUUCAACCAUCAAGUCAUGAUGCCAAUCAAGUGGUAAUAAAACUUGGUUAAUUAUAUUGACAUCACCACCCUCUUUGACUAACUUACGGGCACUCGUUGGAGGGAUUAGGGUGAAUAUUAGGGUGUUAUUUAAUUAAAGAUUAAUACGACACCCGAUGCCAACUUGACCCUGGUUAAUUGUUUAAAACUUGGUUAAUUAUAUUGACAUCAGCCGCAACAAACAUAGUCAAACCCAUCACCACCAACAUAAUAAAACUAUCACCAUAAUUAUCAGAUCAUUGUAUUGCCCCAUGUAAGGAAAUCCAGAAUCCGACUUUUAGUAGCUUUGCAAUCCGGAAUCCAGACAGUGGAAUCCAGAAUCCAAACAUCAUAGGAAUCUGGAAUCCUUAUCCCGGACCAAUUUUCUGGAAUUUUUGUGACCACCUGACCAUUAUCACUACUCUUGAAGACCAUCUGCUUUGGUUUUUUGUACACUCAGAAGUUUUUAAUGAUUUUUCAUCAUUUAUUUAGUUUCUUAUAUCUGUCCUGUUUGCUCUAUUAAAUGAUUGUGUCUUGAUCGGAAUUUGGUAUGAUUCAUAUCUAAGUAUGUAAAAAUUAAAAAGUUUUUUUUGCCCUGCUCCAAUGUGCAUUGUAUUAAAUUUUUACAAAUUGUAUAUUUUCUCAAAGCUUGGUGUUCUGUUUUGAUUUAUAGACAAACAGUCUUCUGACAGAAGAUUUGCUGUUGCGUAUCCUUAUAAAAAAUCUUUAGUGCUACCCUCAAUAGUUAAUGCAUAAUCAUGCUGUGAAAUGGCCCAGCUGUUAAGCCGGUUUUCCACUAGCAAAUUCUCGCGCGCGAAGUGUCCUUUUUCCUUUCUCAAUAUCACUUAUUACGUCAACAAAUGGAUGCUGAUAAAGGAUGCAAAAUGGAUGCUGAUAAAGCAAAAAGGUCGCUUUGCACAAAAAAAUUCGCUAGUGGAAAACCGGCUUAAGGGUGGGUAAUCAUGUCACUUGUCUGAUUUUAAAAACAAGCAAUAUUGCUGCUCUAAAAUAUUGCGAUGUCACUUUCGGAAUUUCGUUGUUUUUUCUCCUUUUCCAUGUCACUAUUGCAAUUUAGGCAGAGUUUGUGUCCAAUGUUGCUAUCUCAUUUUCUAUAUAUCGCCAUUUCAAAGCAGCGUGGCCUGUCAGCUAGAAUUCUAGCUAACAGGCCCCAGCCUGUAAACUGGUCCAAUUUUCUCUCCUUAACCUAUGUCAAUUUUAGAUUUACAUUCAUCAACCUAUUUUUAAAGGUAAUUAAUUAAGUGACUUACGUACUAUUUAAAGCACGCAUAGGAUUGUUUUAUCACAUAUAAAACACAACGCGUAGCAGAGUGUUUUAUAUGUGAUAAAACACGACUGCAAGUGCUUUAAAUGGCUUAAAAACUACUCAUCUUAUACAAGUUCAUUGGCGAAGUAAUUUUUAAAAUAAACUUUGUCUAAACCGAGAAAAUCAAAGCUAAAGUUUAUGUAACAUGAUUUUUUAUCACAUAUAAAGAUACGACACGCUUAUGAUUUUUCUUUGUGUUUUCCUCCUGAAUUAUUGAGUUUUUUAAUACUAACUAUAAAUGUGAAAGACAGAUAUUUUUCUCAAAGAAUGGUUGAAAUGUAGAUGAAGGAGAUAUAUAUACUGUCAUUUCAAAGUACAUUUCCAGACAAAGGGCCUUCACUCGAAACAUCAAAGUUCUUUGAAUCUGUAUUCUUUCAAUUAUAGUGUCCAUCGCUGGGACCCCACAUUCAUCAAAUGAAAUACACUCUUUGUAUUUUUAGCCUAUUACAAUCAUAUUUAUUUUACUUGGAUAUCAAGAGCAUGGAGGUGCAUUUGAUUAUACCAGAGUCACCCAGGCAUUUACCUCCUCUCCAGGUACAUUAUCAUAUUUUAUGUAUUACAGAGAUAUUAUAAAUGUUUCUCAAACGGUUUCUCCAUGUUUCCAGGCGAGCAGGAAUACCAAGGUAUACCGGAACCUAAACCAAGUCAGCCACAACCAUCUUAUUAG